CGCCCGCCCGCCCGCACUCGGUAGCGCCGCGGGGCAGGCAUGGGAGCUGAGCGCGCCCUCCCGGCGCCCACACCUGUCUGAGCGGCGCAGGAACCCCGGCCCCGGCGGGCAGCUCGGCGCGGAGAGUGGUGCUCAGCAUGGCGGGGAUUCCAGGGCUCCUCCUCCUCCUCCUCAUGCUCCUCCUCCUCCUCUGUGCUGUGGGGCAGGUGAGCCCCUCCGGUGCCCACUGGAAACCCACCUGGCCCGCUUACCGCCUCCCCGUCAUCUUGCCCCAGUCCACUCUCCACUUAGCCAAGCCAGACUUCGGGGCCGAAGCCAAAUUGGAAGUGUCCUCCUCAUGUGGACCCCAGUGUCAUAAGGGAACCCCACUGCCCACUUACGAAGAGGUCAAGCAGUACCUGUCUUAUGAGACGCUCUAUGCCAACGGCAGCCGCACCGAGACCCAGGUGGGCAUUUAUGUCCUCGGCGGUGGUGGCAGCGCGUCUUCGGGCAAGUCCCGGAGGAAGCGGCAGAUUUACGGCUACGACAGCAGGUUCAGCAUUUUUGGGAAGGACUUCCUGCUCAACUACCCCUUCUCGACGUCGGUGAAGCUAUCCACAGGCUGCACCGGCACCCUGGUGUCCGAGAAGCACGUCCUCACGGCUGCCCACUGCAUACACGAUGGCAAGACCUACGUGAAAGGAACCCAGAAACUCCGCGUGGGCUUCCUGAAGCCCAAGGUUAAAGACGGCCGAGGGGCCAACAACUCCAGCGCAGCCGUGCCCGAGAAGAUGAAAUUUCAAUGGAUCCGAGUGAAACGCACCCACGUGCCCAAAGGUUGGAUCAAGGGCAAUGCCAACGACAUUGGCAUGGAUUAUGACUAUGCGCUCCUGGAACUCAAAAAACUCCACAAGAGAAAGUUCAUGAAGAUCGGGGUGAGCCCUCCCGCCAAGCAGCUGCCGGGGGGCAGAAUCCACUUCUCUGGCUAUGACAAUGAUCGACUGGGCAACUUGGUGUACCGCUUCUGCGACGUCAAAGAUGAGACCUAUGACCUGCUCUACCAGCAGUGUGACGCCCAGCCCGGGGCCAGUGGGUCAGGGGUCUACGUGAGGAUGUGGAAGAGACCGCAGCAGAAGUGGGAGCGGAAAAUUAUUGGCAUCUUUUCAGGGCACCAGUGGGUAGACAUGAAUGGUUCGCCACAGGAUUUCAAUGUCGCUGUUAGGAUCACGCCUCUCAAGUAUGCCCAGAUUUGCUACUGGAUUAAAGGAAACUACCUGGAUUGCAGGGAGGGGUGACACGGGAAUCCUUCCUGCAGCACUUACAGGUCUUCAUGUCCUUAUUUUAGGAGAGGCCACAUGUGGUCAUUGGUGCGUGUGUUCGAGUGUGUGCGCGUGUGUGUGCAUGUGUGUGUGUGUGUAAUGUGUCAUAAUACCUUUUACAUCAUUUUUUAAAAUUGCAAGAUGACUGGCAUCAUGAUUUGAAAAUUGGUUUGUGUAUCAUGUCAUAUCAUUUGAGCAGUUGGAAAGCCUACUUUUGCAUAGAAAUAAAAAGCAUACUGAUGUUUGGGGCAAUGGGGACUCUUUAGCGAUUAAGUUAAUCUUUCACUUUUUGAGAACUUUGAUUUUUAUUUCAUCUGAACUUGUUGCAAAGGUUUAUAGUAAAUAUGUGGCAUACAGGAGAUAUAAAUUCUAAUGUGUGUAUAGUGUGUAUUUUCUCCUGAGAGUCAUCUUAUUUUUGUUUUGUUUUGUUUUAAACUCCUAAUCACUAAUGUGUCCAGAUGGCAGUGUUCCCUGCGGCAUACAACACAUGGUACCUUUCACAGCACUUCUGAGACAGGCAGUUACCAUAUUUUGGAUUUGGAGCAUCUGCGCAGUAGUCCUUGAUCAGUAAAAUAAUUUGUUAACUAUGUUAGUACACAUUAAAUUACAUCUUACAGUUAGUCAGGACCCAAGAUGUUUUUUAGUUUUGAAAUAGUUUCUCUUCCAAAGAUUGUUGCUCUACGUUUGAGGAAGACUUUGCAUAUGGCCCACCCGAGAGUAGGCUAAAUGGUUUAUGCCAACACUUCCAGGAUUUAACAGGAUUUCACUCACAUUUCUCGAACUAGCUUUUUUUCGGAAGACAAGAAUCAGGGCCUCAUUCGAGCAGGCUGUGUUGCUUCCCAGCGAACAGUUGUGGUCACACUACAAACAAUCAUUGCAUUUUCCCUCCGGAGUGUAGCACAUCUCAUGUUUUAUCAUUUGGAUGGAGUAAUUGAAAAUGAAUUAAAUUCCAGAGAACAAUGGAUGCAUUGCUCAGCAGAUGUCACGGCAGAAUAAGGACUUGUUUGGAGCCUGGCACAGUCUCACGGCCUAAUCAGAAUUAUUCCGCAUACUUUUCAGGGUGCUUUCGGGGAGCUGCGUGCUUGGGUCAUUUGGACACUUUUCUCUUGUACUUUACUUAUUUUAUAGUAAAAAUAUUUGGAAGGUGCUAUAAGAAAAAACAACAUGACUUUUUUUCCCCCACUAGCUUUAAAAGGGCCUAUUUUACUGGAAUACUCUAAGCUGAAGGCACAUAAUCAAAUACAGUAGCAACAAUGGCAAUUGGGAGAAGGCAAAAUGGAUCAGAAUCAUCGCUCCAGUAAGUGCCUUUAUGAACAUUUUGUCAAUAGGAAAGUCACAGUAUGUAAAGGAAAGAGUUUAACUCAUUUUAUAUUUUCAUUCUUUGCCUCUCAGCCUGAACUCUUCUUUUUAAAUGGAUUACAAAUGGGUCACAAGGCAGAUGCUUGCUGUUCUCACUCCCCGGGUAACUUCAGCCUGCCUUCUGACUAUUUGUGAGGACAUCCAAGUACAGUACUGAUGCUUAAACCUCCCCCAGGUGGUUUGGCUUGUGUGUCUCUUGAGCUUUUCAGAAGGAUAAUCUUGCUAAGGCACUCGAGAAAUGUACAACCAUAGUGCUUUCUUUAAAUCACAAAAGAAGUACUAUGCAUAGCAUCCUAGCCAGUUUGGCUCAGUGGAGAGAGAGUCAGCCCCUGGGGACCAAAGAAUCCCAGGUUCAAUUCCAGUCAAGGGCACGUAUCUUGGUUGCAGGCUCCUCCCUGGCCUGGGCCCAGGUCAGGGCUCAUAAAGGAGGCAACCAAUCACUGUGAUUCUCUCACAUCGAUAUUUCUCUCUGUCUUUCCCUCUCUAAAAAAAUCAAUGGAAAAAUAUCCUUGGGUGUGGAUUAAAAAAAAAAUACUAUGCAUAGCAAAGAGGCACAGGGCCACCAGGAAUCUUCUGAAUACAAUUUGCUUUAGAAUCUAGCAAGAAUCUAGCCUGAGGAAGAAGAGCAGUCUCCAUCUCUACCUCUGGUAUUUGGGGGUUUUGUUUGGUUUUGCUUUUGCUUCGUGUAAAGAGGUGUUCACUGAACACCUAGGUCAGAACUGAUUUUUUUUUUAAAUAAAUAUACCUUGAUUUCUUCAUGUCAAUCUUGUGCAAAGGCUAAGCUUCCCUCAGCAAGGAGAGGCAAUGGCAGAAAGUCAAAAUAGCAUCAAUGUUUAGUUCUCAAGUAGCUGUAACUUUACUAAGGAAUUGUACCCACGUGCUCCGGGCAGCGCACCUCAAAAGACUGUAAAAUCAUUCAACAUGUCCAUCUUUUCAGUGGUAAUAGAAGGAAGCUUUUUAUUAACUAUCAUGGAAGUUGAAGUAAAAAAAGAAGAAAGGACUCAUGAUAUUAUUAAGAUAAUUCGUGUAUUAAUUAUACAUCCUAAGGCUAUAUUCCCAGUAAGACGAGUAGAACGUUUCCUAAAGUGUGUGCCUUAAACACUCAUCCCUCCACAUUUUCUACCAAAAAUAAAAAGGGCACCAUCCCCAAGGAGGAGGGAGAUGCCCCUCCAAUAGCCCCCCCUUUAUCAGGGAUUCACAUGCUUGUUUGCACAUUAAAAGCGCUAAGAAGUCCUGUACUGGAGACAUGUUAAUGUUUUAAUAUCUGCAUUUCAAUAAACAUCUUUGGUCACCACA